AACGGCGCAUAGCUCGUUGCUUCAACGAUCGCGUGGGCGCGGAUCUCUCUUGAAAGAGUUUAGGCAGCAUGUCGCUGACAUCGCUGGGCAUAAGCGCCGGCUUCAUGGUCGGCUGUUGCACUGCAGCACAGAUUGCGCGUCGAGUGAGUCAGCGCCUGCUUAGCCAGGACGGUCUUGUGCCAGUGCUGAUGAACGAGGCGAUCGCCGCGGCGGAGCUGUGCGCCUGCUGCUUUGAGCUGAUCAUUGUGGCUGACAAUUUUGGCGUGGCCACCUAUGCCAUUUUUCUUUUUCUACUCACCAUCUGGUGGGGCAAGGUGUGGGGCGACGCCUCCGCCUGCCCGUACACUCACAUGGAGGAUGUGCUGGAGGGACGCACCAGUUUUAAGGAAAUGGCGCUGCGCACCUGGGCGGAGCUAAUGGGCGGCUGCUGUGUGUAUCGCAUUGUGCAGGUCUUCUGGUGGCUGGAGUUCGCCGAAACGCACAAGGGACGCGCCUUCGAGGAGUGCAAUGCCGACCUGCAGGUUAGUCCCUAUGUGGGUGCUGCCAUUGAGGGCGUGGCCACGUUGCUGUGCCGCCUCGCAUCGAAGACAAUCAGCGUGCAGGAGCCGAAGUUUAGUAGUUACAUUGACUCCUUCAUCGGAACCAGCCUUGUGGUGGCAGCCUUUAACUUCUCCGGCGGCUACUUCAACCCGGUGCUGGCCACGGCACUUAAAUGGGGUUGCCGAGGCCACAGUAAUCUGGAGCACAUCAUCGUAUAUUGGAUUGGCGCCUGCAUAGGCGCACUGCUGUCAGUACCCAUUUUCAAGCUCCGUGUAGUGCGGCGCUUGCUGCUAGGCGAGGAGAAGGAAAAGCAGGCCUAACUGUGACCCAUUUCUAGUGAUAGGGAACCGCAUACUUUUUGCUUAUGCACAAC